AUGGCAUCUAAAAUAGCUCUUCCUCCGGUUUGUCCAUCUAAUGCGUCUAUCACCGUAUCUUGUCCAUACGUAGGGAGUCAGAGGUUGGGGUGCUGCCUGGAAGGAAGGCCGAGGUGUUGCCUGGAAGGGAUGCUGGGGUGCUGCCUGGAAGGGAAGCCGGGGUUCUGCCUGGAAGGGAUGCCGGAGCCCUGCCUAGAUAGGGCCAGAUCAGAGCCUGGAACGGAGGCCCUGCCUGGAACGGAGCCGGAGGACCUGCCGGAGCCGGAGGCCCUGCCUGGAACGGAGCUGGAGGCCCUGCCUGAAACGGAGCCGGAGGACCUGCCUGGAACGCCUGGAACGGAGCCGGAGGCCCUGCCUGGAACGCCUGGAACGGAGCCUGCCUGGAACGCUUGGAACGGAGCCGGAGGACCUGCUUGGAACGGAGCCGGAGGACCUGCCUGGAACGUCUGGAACGGAGCCGGAGGUCCUGCCUGGAACGGUUGGAACGGAGUCGGAGGCCCUGCCUGGAACGGAGCCGGAGGCCUUGCCUGGAACGGAGCCGGAGGCCCUGUCUGGAAUGCUUGGAACGGAGGCCCUGCCUGGAACGCCUGGAACGGAGUUGAAGGCCUUGCCUGGAACGGAGCCGGAGGCCCUGCCUGGAACGCCUGGAACGGAGGCCUGGAACGCCUGGAACGGAGCCGCAGGCCCCACCUGGAACGCCUGCCGGAGGCCCUGCCUGCAACGGAAGCCCUGGGCUAA